GGUUUGUUUUGAAGCAUAUUUCCGCAAGAGGCCAAACGAAACCAUUCGUUUUUGCAACGAAACAAGUAUUUUCUACAAAAUUCAUCUGUUUUGAACGGAUAUUUAAUAAAUUUGUGAAGUGUCCACUAGAGUGUGCUCGAAUAAACAACACGUAUGCUGUGUGCAUCCAGAAUGAUAGAAGUUUGGAUCAAUAAUCGAGUUUCGCAGCUGCAGAAUUCUGACCUUCCUUUUCACUCCCUACAUGAUUUCAUUAGGAGGGAAACGGGCCUUAUCCCAUCGGAUUACUAUCUAACUCAAAAUGGCAAGCGUCUCGCGGAAUUCACAGCAUCGCCUACCGCCAGCAACGCAAGGUCAGAUGUUCCCAUUCGGUUGCACCAGCGUCUACCAGGCGGCAAGGGAGGUUUCGGUUCCAUGCUGCGUGCAAUUGGUGCUCAGAUCGAAAAAACUACCAAUCGGGAGGCAUGCCGAGAUCUGAGUGGUCGUCGAUUGCGGGAUAUUAAUGAAGAGAAACGGUUGAAAGCCUACCUGGACAAACAGAAGGAAGCCCCGGCUGAUGAGGCCGCUAAAUUGCAGCGUAAAAUCGACAAGCUGCUAGCGAAACCGAAGCACGAAUUUCACGACGAGGAUUACAACCGGACGCGAAGUGAUUUAACGCAGAACAUUGACGAAGCGGUACAGGAAGGUUUCCGUAAGGCGGUUCAGGCGGAAAAAGCUGCCGUCGAGGCUGGUGUUAAGCGGAAGGCAGAAGCCGGACAGAAGGGAAAAAUCGCGAAAAAGAAGGCGAAAGGAGCACUGUGGCUGGGAACGGAUGAUUUGGGAUCCUACUCGUCAUCGGACAGCGAGUCCGAUUCGGAUUCUACUGGAUCCGAUUCGGCUGGAGGUUCGUCUAGUGGAACUUCGGGUUCGGUUUCCGCUCCGCAAGCGGUUACUUCAUCGGAAGAGAGGAGUAGCGAACAGGAGACGAAACCGGAUGCGGUAGCUGAACGUGUUUAGAACGUUUAAGCUGAAAUUUGAACGAUGUACCUAUUUAUAUGAUUAUGAUAUGAAGGACCUACACUAUUUAAAUCACCGAUUUUUAUUUAACAAUGAAAUACACAUACUUUUAUUUAAAACAUUGU